UUAUUGCUAUUACAUCGAUUUCACUGUUUAAAUAAGGAUGGCGAUUUAUCAGGAACUGUCUCCUUAUUAUGCAACAGUAUUUGUGUUAGCUGUCAUCUUCUCAUUCAAUCAAAAAAUCAAUGCAGACGCAGACAGGGGACACUGUAUUUGGUAUGGCGAGUGCCAGGACGUCACGCCUAGGGGCAAACUAAAUUGUGUGUACAACGGACCGGCAAAACCAAUGACUGAUCCAAAGGCAUUAAGCCGACUUCUACAAUAUUGUCCACAGCUGUAUGCGGGAAAUUCUACUCUGACAUGUUGCAGUUCUACUCAGCUGACUACGAUGGAACAAAACAUGGGUCUGGCAAGGGAACUCCUCUAUAGAUGUUCUUCCUGCUUCUACAACUUUCUCAACAUAUUCUGCUCCCUGACAUGUGACCCCCAUCAAAGCACUUAUGUGGGGGUCAAAACCAAGGGUAAUAACGACAAGGGGGUCCCGACAGUUUUGUCUGUUGACUAUGCCAUGACAACCACCUUUGCGAAUGGAAUGUAUAAAUCUUGUAAAGACGUUGUUAUGCCCAGUUCAAAUCAGCCUGCAAUAAGUGUGCUUUGUGGCCAUCCUGCUGAUGACUGCACAGCUAAAAGAUUACUUGAUUAUCUAGGAUCUCCAUCUAACGGACGUACGCCAUUUGGAAUUGAUUUCCAUGUACAGGACACGCCGUGGUCUAGCCCGGGACUGUACACGCUGAAUCCUAUGAAUACUACUGCAGUGCCGUGUUAUGAGACAUUUGGUAACUUCUCUGCCUGUUCAAACCAGGACUGUCCUGCAAUAUCCUCACCCCUGACACCUACUCUACCUAACAUUUCAGUCCUGUAUCCAUGGCCGGAAUACCGGAUAGAACAGCUGGUGGUGACUAGGCCGGCCAAUGACACGAGGGUCAAACACGUGUUCCCGGCUCCGUAUGUUGGAUUCAGUUACUUCAGCAGUUUGUUUGACAAGGGUUUCAUGCACUUGUUGCUAGACUUACAGUCAAAGAUACAGGGUAUCACUGCUAACUACAACGGGAAGACGAUCACCCUGGACGAUAUAUGUUUCCAUGGGAACACCAAUGGGAGCUGUGUGAUCGUCAGUAUCCUGGAAUACUGGCAGAACAACGAAACUCGAAUUGAUGAGGUUAUAUGGGAUGAGUACAGAUUCUACGUGGAGGCCGACUACCUGGAUCACCUGAUUGCAUGUCAUCAUACACCCAACGCAACCAACGACCGCACUGUAUUCAACAGCACCUGUCUGAGCACAAGCGGAAUCCCAGUAGACCCUCGGCUUGUGAUGAGAGACGGUCCCGGAUACACGGAGUCCCGCACAUUUGUGAUCUCUUUCAUUGUGAAGAAUUCUAAUAAAGAGGUGACGAGAGCUGCAGAGGCUUGGGAAAAGGCCUACACCAACUUCCUGACCAACUUCUCAAGUCCAAACAUGACCAUCAAGUUCUCAACGAAGGUUUCAUCCUCGGCCACCGUUCCUCACUCUAGCGUCAUCACUUUGCUGACCUUUGCCCUCUCUACUCUGUUUAUCCGCAAGUUCUGAUCAAGGAUCAACAGUUUCCGGACAAAGCACGGACCAGAUAAUGUUACAAAUGUUUAAUUUUGAUAAUUAAGAUUUGUAGCAUGUGAUUUGUACCUCAUUACGUAUUUAAAUGCCCUCUCCAAGAGGACCAAAACUAACAUCAUAGACUAAAUGAAAGUCUUCACUGAUACAUCAGAAAAAAAAUGCUAAGAGAACAUACCCCUAAAUCAUGCCGACAGAUGAGUUAAUGUGUUGGUAAAGUCAGGGUAAAGACAGACAAAAAAAUCUUUCCAGACGAUAAGAUUCAUGUCGGGAUUUAUUAUACAUGUUUUCAUUAUUAAUAUUUAACGAGACCCUGUGGUUAGUUCAGUAAAUAAAUAUACGUCGUUCAUUAGUGAUUGAAUUAACGAAGUUAAUAUAUUACACUAAUAGUGGACUCCAAUUAACGUGAUAUAUCUAAUAAACAUUCCAUCGAUAUCCUACAGUAUUUGUUAAACAUUUCGAAAUGCAGUGACAUCUUUGUCAAGCUUGUAUUCCUCAUGUGUAGCAUUCCAUGUUAACAUUGGAUUACUUUAAGUACAUACGUGUGUAUUUUUAUGAUCGUGAUUGUAUAUAUAUCUUCAUGACUUCUAUUUUCUUAAGUUAUCUCUGUCCCUUGACUCUGGGGCGACACUAUACUUGACUCUGGGGCGACACUAAACUUGACUCUGGGGCGACACUAUGAUUGACUUUGGGGGACAUUAUACUUGAAUCUGAGAUGACACUGUACUUGACUUUGGGGCGAUAUUAUACUUGAAUCUGAGGCGAAACUUUACUUGAAUCUGAGACCACACUGUACUUGACUCUGAGGCGACACUGUACUUGACUCUUGGGCAACACUAUACUUGACUAUGAGGCGACACUGUACUAGACUCAGGGGCGACACUAUACUUGACUCAGGGGCGACACUGUACUUGACUCUGGGGCGACAUUAUACUUGACUCUGGGGCGACACUAUGCUUGACUCUGGUGGGACACUGUACUUGACUCAGGGGUGACACUGUACUUUACUCAGGGGCGACACUAUACUUGACUCCCGGGCCACACUUUACUUGACUCCGGGUUGUUUUCUUGACGUCGUUACCUCGAAACAAUACAUGCCUGACGUCAUGCAUGAUUUUUAUUGUAUUUUUCUUGUAAUUUUGUUUCCCAUCGGAUUUCAUC